CAAUGGGACGGGACGGGGUCGAUUUGAACGGUGAAAAGCGGGCUAGCAAACAUUCGAGAGGGAAACAAAGAGGGAAGAACAUCCUGCAACUGCUGGACCUAAAACAAACUGGAAUAAUUAGCUUUUUCUACUCAGGAUACUUAGGCAAUCAAAUAAGGGCUCCGUCAUGUCUCACAAACAGAUCUACUACUCUGAUAAAUAUGACGAUGAAAAAUACGAGUACAGGCAUGUAAUGCUACCCAAAGACAUUGCAAAGCGUGUACCCAAGACCCAUUUGAUGUCGGAGACUGAGUGGAGGAACCUGGGGGUCCAGCAGAGCCAAGGAUGGGUCCAUUACAUGAUCCACCAGCCAGAGCCACACAUUUUGCUGUUCCGGCGCCCUCUUCCCAGCCAAAAGGCAUAAAGGGGGGGAAACUCCGAGUCCCUGGAAGAUCAGUCCUACUUGCCACAGAUCGACUCAUCAAAGCGGAGAUCAUGCUGUCAAAUUACCAAACUCUAGUGUGGUAGGUGACUUGUGAUUUGGGUUGAUCAUGUUGGACCCGAAGGACAAUGACAUUGAUGAACAGUGGUUGUGGAAUGCAGUAUGCGUUGAAGGAAAAAAAACCAAUUACCCUCCCCUUCGGGGAAAAAGACUUCAUGUGAUAACAGCGACUCGUCGUCUGCCAGAAAACCUUCAAAUCAGCUUACACUGUCUUUUUGACUCAAAAAAUCUGUCAAACUUGCUGAACCUGCUUGGAUAUUCCAGCUUUUUAGAACAAUUGUUAAAAGAUGUGGGGAGUGAAACUUGUUGAAAUGUUUGAGUGAUUUCUUAGGGAGUGUUUUUCUGGGUCAGGCUCCGGUCACAAGCCAGACAGAACAGCUGGAUCCUAAAUGCAAGUUUGACUCUGAAAAACAUUGAAGUGCGGCUUUAAGUGACAUGUUGCUGCUUGGUUUAAAUGAUACUGUAAAUUGGCAUUUAACACUUUUUGUCAUGUACAUGAAAAGCCGCAUAGAUGAGUCCCCCCCCCCCCCCCCCCAAUAAUAGCAUAUUCUAAUAGUUUUGGCCUACUUUAAAAGAAAUCCUCUGGCUGGCUCUGAUUGUACCAGUGAGCUGCUCAGUAUUUAUGAAUGUGUUGCCCUUUCUGAAAUAAAUGGAAACUUUUAAAUCUUUGCUUUGGGGCCACAAUACAGAGCCGUUUGACACAUCAUGAACAGCAUGUUUAAAAAAAAAAAAAAAAAAAAAAA